UCUAACCCAUUGAAACUACAACACCAAGAAAAGAUUACACCUUCCAGAUCUUUCCUUGACUCCCUGGUGUCGAUCAGCUACCUGACCAACGGGCUGACGUCUCUCGAGCGUUUCCCCAUCAGCUUUAAAACCCAGUUCUCCGGACACUGCUUCCACCACGUGGUUCUGGGCGUUUACUGCAACGGGCGCUACGGGUCGCUGGGCAUGAGCCGGCGCCCCGACCUGAUGGACAAACCGCUGACUCACCGCACGCUGGGAGAACUGGUGGCCGACUUCGAGAGCUCCUACAAGAGAUACCAGCACACUCUGAAGAAGGUGAAGAUCGGCCUGUAUGUGCCUCACGACCCUCACGUCUUCCAGCCAAUCGAAUGGAAGCAUUUGGUGUUGAACGCCGCCCGACUGGGACCUCAGGAGAUGAGGAAGGAGCUGGAGAAACACGGCCGGGACAUGAGGAUGAAG